CAACCUUGCAUUCAUUCAAUGAAAAUAAUUAAAUAACAAAUAAAGAAAAUGUCGGCAUUGUCUGUCAAGGAUUUGAAUCAAUUGCUUACUAUUUUAGAUGCCGAGAAUGUCGCUAACCAGAGUGUCGAAGCCUUGGCUUCUCAGUUGGGGGUCUUUAAUAAACAAGAAUACUUUAAAGUUGGAAAUGCAUUAGUUAUGCUACUUCAGAAUGCUGAUCUGCUUCCUUCACCAUCACAACGUCUGGCUGCAGUGUUAUUGCUACAUGAGCUUUUCAAACCAGAUGCUCAGAAUUUCCAUCCAUUCUCCUCAAUUUUUGUGCAACUUCUUGCUGAUGAACCUCUACAAACCAAGAGACCAGAUUCAUAUAGACUACUACCGAAACUCAGUCCUCCAGAAAAGAUUUAUUUAUCUCAUCUCAUUACUAAUCCUCAAAAAGAAAUGUACAAAAAAACUCUCCGACAAAUAUUGAAUUUUGACUCUACCAAUUCAAUGGCUGAUAUUUCAGCCCUUCAAAUAAGUGUGACAGAGCGCCUUUCAGAGUACACUUUAGCAAGCAAAAGCAGAAUACCUGCUGUUCUUUCAAUGCCUGACGUUCGUCCCGGCUUUGACCCUAUACUUCCGGAUAGCAGUGCAAUCAAGAAGACAGCAGAAGCUCUAAUUACUGGUCCCAACGCCGCUAUACAAGAAUCUGUGGGUCCCGAGUUUGUGAGGUUAGCUCCUCCUCUAUUUUGUCCGGACGAACUCGUCUGGAUCGAUCCAAUUGGGGAAGUCGACCACAUGAUUGCUUACGACACUACAGUUUGCAUACCUAGAGGUGCCGGCUCGGAAGCUCGGCGAUUAAUUUCGCAAGCUUUCACCGGUUCUUUGACUUUGCUACAACAAAACAGAUUGCUAAGCGAAUUAGAGCGCGAUUCUCGUCUAGUCUAUCACGUAGGAAUCACUCCUAACAAACUACCUGCCUUGGUAGAAAACAAUCCACUCAUCGCAAUCGAGGUGCUACUUCGACUGAUGCAGUCUUCCCAAAUAACGGAAUAUCUGAGCGUGCUGGUUAAUAUGGAAAUGUCUCUGCAUUCGAUGGAAGUAGUCAACCGAUUAACGACGGCUGUUGAGUUGCCAACUGAAUUUGUCCAUCUGUACAUUUCCAACUGCAUAUCAACGUGCGAAACUAUCAAAGAUCGUUACAUGCAGAAUCGUUUAGUCCGACUUGUGUGCGUCUUCUUGCAGUCCCUCAUUCGCAAUAAGAUUAUCAACGUCCAAGAGCUGUUUAUCGAAGUGCAGGCAUUCUGUAUAGGUUUCAGUCGAAUUCGCGAAGCUGCUGCCUUGUUUCGUCUCCUCAAACAACUCGACAGCGGUGAUCAGAGUGGACUCAACAGCACUUCAUCCAUCGCAUCCUUUCCUGGGCUGUCCUCACUCUCGACAUCUUCCUUCAAUCCUCAGGCAUCACCUCUGGCAUCAACUGCCAAAGGCAAAGGCGAAUGAAAGUCGUUAUUAUUAUUGUUGGAUGUUGCAUCGUAUGUUCGCGUCUCAACUAUUGAAACAACAGGCUUAUUGAUACAGUAUAUGCUAUGGGAAUCGAGGGUGAAGAGUUUUGAAUAUGAUAUAUACAAACUAACUAUUUCACGAAUUGUU